UUGUUUUCAAAGUCAUUACGUGUGCGGGACGCCAAGUUAACUGAAUAACAAAUUGUGCAUUUUAAAUCGCCCUCGAACAUACAAUUCAUACAAUCUUUUGGUUUGGUCUUGGAAUCGGUCUCUGUCUCUUCCUGACGACAACUCACAUUGCACCGCUUUUGCUUAUUCUUUGAAAUUAACACGCAUUUGGCAUACAAAAUGGAUAAGCAAACACUUUUAUUUCUCUUCCUGGGCUUGAUUUUAUGCCUGGAAUCUGGUUCUAGCCAAGCCGCUCGUCGUUUACGCAAGAAGCCAAAGGUUUAUAAUGCCCUCAUCACUACCGAUGACAAUCUAACAUCGAGUCGCGCUUAUCCUGUCAUACAACCAACAAUACAUGAGCCGGGCUAUGCUCCAUUUGGUCCCUAUAAUCCUUAUGGUUUCUAUAGUCCGCCUGUGGUGAGAUUUGGUCAGCCAAUAGUUCCUGGCUUAGAGCCCAAUGAGAGAUUACCCUAUCCGUUGCCUGCUGGCUUUGCAACGAGCUACGAGGAUGCCCAUUCUGUUCAGCCACAGCCGCAAGGAAUUCCUGCUCCAAAUCCAACGGAACCCAAGGAAAUGCCCAAAGAGCAAUUACCGCAAUUGCCGCUGAACGAGCAAGGAUUACCACCUGUCCUUAUACCGCUGUCCUCGCAAUAUAAUGGCCAGCCAACUCAUCUGCCGGCCUAUCCCUUUAGCCAAUAUCCGGUGAUAUAUGAUCAGGCUGGUUAUAUACGACAAAACUAUUUGCCGCCCUACGAUUACUAUCCCAGCCAGGGUUAUCCCACACGCGUAAAUGCAGCACAGCAGCCUCAGCAGCAGGAACAACCACAGCACCAGCCACAGCCUCAGGUUCAGGAUCAAUCUCAAUCUGAUGAGGAGGUGGAGGAUAUACAACCAUUGGCUUUGGAAAAUCUAAAUGCCACACCUAGUUUUGAGGACAUCAAAAAUGGGUCGGAGAACAAAAAUAUUAAUGUGCCAGAUGUACCCCCACCACCAAUACCAUCUGGACCAAAACAACGUCCCAGACCCAAGAAUAAUUGAUAAUUGAAGGAAACAAUCCCAUCCAAAUCCCACGUAUUUAUUACCAUUUUUGUAUUGUACAAUUCUCGUUUAACCCGUAAGCUAUAAGUAAAUAAAAGAGUUCACAGAUAAACAAAUAAAGUACAAAGCGGUGAAUGAA